AUGGAGAUGGAGAUGAUGAUUUUGGAUCUGAAAAUAAUCCUGCCUCCCCCCAACCAUGCCAACGGCAACGACGACGCGUUAUUCGCCUCCGACGGGCCAUUCUUACGCCUUGAGUGGCGCUGGAAAAGAAAGAGAAGGAGAUGCGCAAUCAAGAAGGCCUUCUACGAGAAAAGAGAGAAGACCAUCGAGACCAAGAAGGCUGAUAACCGCGAAAGGGAGAAGAGCGAGCUUAUCUCGCGUGAGGUUCCCAACAUUGACAAGAAGCGAGGGAAAAAUGAUCCCGACAAGAAACCAUCCAUGAUUGUUAUCCAGGGUCCUAAACCUGGGAAGCCCACCGAUCUUGGGAGAAUGAGGCAGAUUUUCCUCAAGCUCAAGACUAAUCCACCACCCCACAUGAUGCCUCCUCCGCCCCCAGCCAAAAUGCCAAAGACGGAAAACCUGCAGCGGAAACAAAGGGGGCAGAAGAAAAACAUGCUUCACCUGAAACAGUGA